AUGGAGCAUCCAGUCAAGGAAGCUAGGCACGUUGUUCGCGCCCUCACCCAAGGCACCCCAGACGAGCAGCAAGAUGCUGUCUAUCGCUACUUCGCCCCUGGCGCAUCCUUUUCACAUCCCUUUUGCCGGGUGCCGUCGUUUGAAAGGUUGAAGCUGCCAGGAAUCGGCGAGUUUGAUUCCCGGGCGCUGAUACUUGCCAUCCUGAAAUGGUACAAAAUCCUGAGCCCCAAGAUUGACCUUGACAUUGAAUCAUGCGUCUUCGACCAACGCACGAAUCUGCUAUACAUAAAAAUCUCCCAGGUCUUCUCCAUCUGGUUCAUCCCCUUCCACCACGCCCCCGUCACCCUCGUCACCGUCCUCCACCUCUCACCCCAGGCAUUGCCAUCCCCACCCACCACCAACGGCACUCCCACCCCUGCGGGAACCGAGUCCACCAUGGCCGAGUUCAUCCACACACCCGAACAGGCCUUCGACGCCGCCCAGGAGAAGCGUGAGCACAUCCAAAAGGGCUCCGAACCGAGCUACGCAAAGGUCGUCGCGACGGGCGAGCCCGAGCCGGAGCCCUCUUCGCCCGACCAGGAUAGCAAGGAGAAGGGAAAGUCUGCCAGCAAGAAAAAGGGCCAUUCUCGCACCACCUCUUCCCGCGGGAGCACCACCACCACCACCACCACCAAGGACAAGGAGACCUCCCUCGAUUCCCAGCAGCAGCAGGAGCCCGGUGCCAGGCCGGUGCGGUACUACAUCGAGAAGCAGGAGGACUUGUACCAGGUAAACGAGUUCCUCAAAUUUGUGCUCCUUGCGCCCGGUGCGUCUGCAGCCGGCGCUCUGCAGCUGGCCUCCACCUUGAUGUGUCUGGCUGGCGUGAUAUUGUUGAGCCCCUUGAUGAGGGCCAUUGGAAUCCCCGCCAGGCGUGAGGGUAAGGAGAGAAUUGCUUAG